GCCAAAAACAUCAUGAGUUCUUUUCCGCAUUUUACAAAUCCAUUAAUGAAGAUGAAGAUGAAGAAGCUUAUUCCGACCGCAUGCGCAUGGCUUUGAUGGCUUCUUUGGUUGCAACAAGCUCCAAUAGUAGUCGUGAUUACAUAGACCGUGGUCGGGAAGCUGGACACCGUUUGUUGAUGGAUGAUUACUGGAAUCCAAAUCCCACCUACAAUGCACGUAUCUUCCGUCGUCGUUAUCGCAUGCAACCGGCUCUAUUUGAUCGAAUCAUGAAAGAUGUCAUGGCUUUCGAUCCCUAUUUUGUAAGUACAGUAGAUGCAACAAACAAGGUAUCUCUUUCUCCUAAUAAAAAACUCACUAGUGCGAUAUUUAUGCUCGCCAAUGGUUGCUCGGCUGAUUCAUUAGAUCAGUUAUGUCGUUUGAGUGAGACAACUACACUUUUGUGCAUGAAAAAAUUUUGUGGGGCAGUUAUUAGUGUGUAUGGUUCUUGGUACCUACGAACCCCUAACCUCGGGGAUCUGCAUCGUCUUCUUGAAAAGGCCUCGAAAAGAGGCUUUCCCGGGAUGAUUGGGUCCAUUGAUUGCAUGCACUGGGAGUGGAAAAACUGUCCUACAUCUUGGGCCGGCCAGUACACCGGGUACAAAAGAAAACCAACAAUUGUGCUCGAAGCAGUUGCUUCUUAUGAUACUCAUAUGUGGCAUGCAUUUUUUGGCACAGCCGGUUCCAACAAUGACCUCAACACUCUUGCAAGCUCUCCAGUCUUUGAUGCUGUUGUAAAUGGAUCUGCCCCUCAGGUACAAUUCCGCGUGGAUGGUAAGCUAUAUAAUCAAUGUUAUUAUUUAGCUGAUGGGAUUUACCCAAGUUGGGGAACUUUUGUUAAGACAAUAAGUCAUCCAGACACUCCUAAGAAAAAGCUUUUUGCUUCAAUGCAAGAGGCUUUUCGUAAGGAUGUUGAAAGAGCAUUUGGAAUUUUACAAGCUAGGUGGGCUAUUGUGCGAGGUCCUGCACGGUUGCACGACAUACGCACAUUAGGUGAUAUAAUGCUGGCAUGCAUUAUACUGCACAACAUGAUAGUGGAAGAUGAAUAUGAAGAGAAUGAUGAAGAACCAACCCAACAAGACUACCGUGAAGACUAUGAUUAUAUUGGUGGUAUUGUUGAAUUGGAUCUUAACCAUGAUGGUCCGACCUUGAGUCAAUAUAUGAUGCGCCACAAUCGAAUUAGAGACUCCUCGGUGCACACAUCGCUUAAAAGUGAUCUCAUAAACCAUCUGUGGAUGCACCAUGGAAAUGGAAUGUAGUUUAUUUGCUUCCCCUAAAUAUUUAUGUGUUUUCUUAAUCUAGUUGUGUUUCAUGUAUUUCAUUUACUAGUGUUACCUUCGUAUUUGUACUAUUUAUGUUUUUCCUAAAAUCUUUAUGUACUUCUGGAACUUUUAUGUGUCUUAAUAAAAUAUUAGCG